AUGUUAUUUGCUCGGACAGCGACUCGGCGCUUUGCUGGGCUUCGGGCUUUCUCGACUGCUCGGAUCUACCGGGCGGAGCUGUCCUACCAGGUCUACGGUCCCGAAAAGGAGGAGGCCGUUCGCGAUCCCAUUCUGUUCCUGCACGGUCUUUUCGGGUCCAAGCAGAACAAUCGGAGCAUCAGCAAAGCUUUGGCUCGUGACUUGAAAUGCCAGAUUUAUACAUUGGACCUUCGCAACCAUGGCCAGUCUUUCCAUGCCCCAGAGCAUAACUACACUGUGAUGGCCGAAGAUGUUGAAGAAUUCAUCGCGCAGCAGAAGCUAGACAAAUGCGUUCUCAUGGGCCAUUCCAUGGGUGCUAAAGCUGCCAUGACUGUCGCUCUUCGUGUACCUGAAAAGGUCUCUGCGUUGAUUCCCGUUGACAACGCACCAGUAAAGGCGGAGCUGAAAAGUGAUUUUCAUAAGUAUGUCCGCGGUAUGAAGGAGGUGGAAAAAGCACAAGUCACCAAGCAGUCAGAAGCAGACAAAAUUCUUCAAGGUUAUGAGGAGGCGCUUCCUAUCCGUCAGUUCCUGUUGACCAACCUUGUCCGUUCCGAGGAUGAGAAGAAGACUCUCCAGUUCCGGGUGCCUCUCUCUGUGAUUGGCGACUCACUCGAUAACAUGGCCGACUUCCCCUGGAACCCUGAGGAUGGAAUUCGGUACAAUGGCCCCACCCUCAUUGUUCGAGGUACCAAGUCGCCCUAUGUCAGAGGUGCAGAGAGUGUUUCCAGCGCCAAGAAGUUUUUCCCCAAUCUUGAAAUCGCAGAUGUUGAGGCGGGGCAUUGGCUUAUUUCUGAGAACCCAGAGGCUUUCCGACAAGCGGUUGUAAAGUUCAUGGAAUCGUUAUAA